UGCCAGGUUCCGCUUCUCUGAGGGCAUAUCCUCUCAUCUCCGUCAUCACCAGGCAGCCCUCCGUGGUCCCUCACCUCGUCCCAGCUGCCACCAGCUCCCGCGUGCUGCCAGCCCAGACCUCCUCGGGGACCGCAAGCUCAGAGACACCAGCCAGCGAGACCCAUGCCAGCAGCGAGUCCGAGGCAGAGCAGCCUGCGCCUCGGUUAAAAAAGCCACGCCGGAACAGGACCAUCUUCACGGAGCUCCAGCUGAUGGGCUUGGAGAAGAAAUUCCAGAAGCAGAAGUAUCUGUCUACCCCUGACAGGCUUGACUUAGCCCAGUCAUUGGGGCUGACCCAGCUCCAGGUGAAGACGUGGUACCAGAACCGGAGGAUGAAGUGGAAGAAAAUGGUGCUGAAGGGUGGACAAGAAGCUCCAACAAAACCCAAAGGCCGUCCAAAGAAAAACUCCAUUCCCACCUCGGAGGAAAUUGAAGCAGAAGAGAAAAUGAACAGCCAGGCUCAGAGUCAGGAGCAGGAGGCAUCUCAAGUCCCCGAGGAACCUAAAUUGACAGAAGGGAAGCCAGAAGUCUCUUCAGAGACAGAAAAGUCUCCAGAACAUAUACCAGAGCCCUCUUCAGAGGAGACUACACCAUUAAGUUAAAAGGGAAAGCAAGGAGGGAAAGGG